AUGCAUAGUAGAGUAUCACGCAACUGGGACACUGCCGAAAAUGUACUCCACUGUUUCAUGCAUGUGAAAACCAGCUCUCGACUGCCUCGUGAAUACUUCACAAUCACCGGACCGGAAGGUGAAUACACGGACUAUGUGGCCACGCGGUGGUAUCGAGCACCGGAACUGCUGGUUGGUGAUACACAAUACGGUCCUCCAGUGGAUGUUUGGGCAAUCGGUUGCGUAUUCGCUGAAAUGAUCACGGGGACGCCUUUGUGGCCUGGAUCGUCUGAUCUGGAUCAAUUGUAUCUAAUCACCCGGAAUAUGGGACCGGAUACUAUGUAUGGUCUGGUCUCCAUUCAACUGCACCACCGUUCUUGGUUGUUAAGCAACCUUAUCAACUCACAGUCUCCUGAUGAUCACGUGUUACAAGUCUGGACUUAA